UCACUCUCUCCGCGCAUGACUUUGUGCUUUCCUUUUCUUUCUCUUUCCACGAAGCUGAGUGAGAAUUAUUAAAAAAAGGUGUUAUUCCCCAAACCCUUCAUUACGUUUUGACACAUUGGUCGGAGACUCGGAGGGUCUGGUUCAACUCCCUAUCAUCUUUCUAACCUACCUCCUUUCCAAAAGCUUCAAUCUUCCCCAUACUUGCUUGCACCGACAGAUCCAAUCCCCAUCCACCACAUCUCUAUCUUUCUGAUACAGACCCUUAUAUUCUUAUUAAACACAUAUUUCUCUUCCUUUUUCUCUUUUCUCUUUCUUUGGGUGCUUUCAAGAAGCAGUGUACCAAUGAAGAUGAGUCUGGGUUUGGGUCUGGGUUCGGUUCUGGUUCCUCUGCUCACUCUCUCCCUCUUGGUUUCCAUUUCCAGCGCAGAGAUCUCAGGCAAAGUGGGUGUAAACUAUGGACAGCUCGGGAAUAAUCUGCCAUCACCGUCACGGUCGGUAGAGUUGAUCAAAUCCCUCAAAGCUAAGCGAGUGAAAAUCUACGAUGCCAAUCCAGAAAUCCUCAGAGCCCUAAAAAACACUGACAUUCAAGUCUCGAUCAUGGUCCCCAACCAGCUCAUUUCCAACAUCUCCCACAACCAAACCCUCGCCGACCAGUGGGUCCUAUCCAACGUCGUGCCCUUUUUCCCGGAUACCAUGAUCCGGUACCUCCUCGUUGGAAACGAAAUCCUUAGCUCCUACUCCGACACCCAAACCUGGUACGAUCUCGUCCCCGCCAUGCGCAAAAUCAAGAACUCCCUCAGAGUCCAUGGAAUUCGUAAGAUCAAGGUUGGGACUCCAUCAGCCAUGGACGUCCUCGAGUCGUCAUUUCCACCUUCCAACGGUACGUUCCGGUCCGACAUCGCUGAUCGGGUCAUAAAACCCAUGUUGCAGUUCUUGAACCGAACCAAAUCCUUCUUCUUCCUGGAUGUGUACCCCUACUUCCCUUGGUCUUCGGACCCCGUCAAUAUCAAACUAGACUACGCUCUGUUCGAGUCCAAGAAUACCACGUACUUGGAUCCGGUUUCGGGAUUGACCUACACCAACCUCUUCGACCAAAUGGUGGACGCUGUGACUUUCGGUAUGAAGAGACUCGGUUACCCGGAUAUUCGUAUCUGGAUCGCCGAAACGGGUUGGCCCAACGGCGGUGACUUUGACCAGAUUGGUUGCAAUAUCUACAACGCUGCAACUUACAAUCGCAACGUAGUAAAGAAAUUUACAUCGGACCCUCCAAUCGGGACGCCGGCUCGGCCGGGUAAGGUGCUGCCGUCUUUCAUAUUCGCUCUGUACAAUGAGAACCAGAAACCAGGUGCUGGUACGGAGCGGCAUUUUGGGUUGCUGAAUCCGGACGGGUCGAACGUGUACGAGAUGGACCUGUCAGGAGAGACGCCGGAGUCGGAAUACAAGCCAUUACCGAAGCCGACGAACAACGAACUGUACAAGGGAAAAAUAUGGUGUAUGGUGGCGAAGGGAGCAAAUAAGAGCGAGGUGGAGUCGGCGUUAUCGUACGCAUGCUCGCAGGGAAACAAAACCUGUGACCCGAUCCAACCGAGGGGAAGGUGUUACAAACCCGAUUCGUUGUUUUGGCAUGCGAGCUACGCGUUUAGUUCUUAUUGGGCUCAGUUCAAGAAGGUGGGUGGGUCGUGCUACUUCAAUGGGCUCGCCACUCAAACAAUCAAGGAUCCAAGUUAUGGAUCCUGCAAGUUUCCAGGUGUGACACUUAUAUGAAGGAGAAAGAGAUAGAGAGAGAGAGAGAGAGAGUCAAUACAACCCCCAGUUUUCAGGCUUUUGCUUGCAUCUGUUUGGCCGGCCGGCCGGCCUGCCUCUACUAUUUAUGGGCAUCCCUCUGAUUUCAUUUAUUUAUUUACAAUUCAAAAAGGUAGGCCUUAUUUCCGGUUCCUUCCGGAUAGAACUUAGAUAACACCCAAAUAAGGAUUCAUUAGCUUGGAACCCCCACCAGAUUUUGAUUCCAUUCAUCACUCGCUCUCUCUCGAGUACUUUGUUCUUUACUUUUGACUAGUUUUUGUGGCAUUUUUCAUUUGAUGAUCAUACCUACCUCCUGCAACCUUCCAACGGCUAUAUAUUUUGUGGAUAGUUAACGGCUACUUUUGUUUCCUUUUAUGUGGUUGUUUGGGUUUA